CAAGCGUGGGACGAACGCGCAACUCAUGCCCACCUUCGGAUCCUACGAAGACAUUCAUCUGCAUCCGACUAACAUCUUGCAGUCACCAUGGCGGACUAUGGCAUGGCGGCGUCCACGCCUCCUCCGCCUCCACCCAAACAGCAGUCGUCGUCAAACACGCCGCAGCCCCGAGGUCCCCCGCUCCCUCCACCACCGCCGGGACACGAGCUGUCUGAGCUAGAUGGCAGCCAAACAUAUCGCCCGCAACCGCAACAUCCACAGCAGCAGCAGGGGCCUCCACAGCCAUACGUACCUCCCAUAGAAGGGCAUUGGCUGCCGGAAGUACUCAAGGACAAGUCUGUCACAGACCUUCAGGAUGUCCUCAAUACUCCCAGUCUACAAUCCGCGCUCCUCGGUAGCCCUCAUACAACACAUCCAGCCAUUCCCGCAUCCGAGCAACACCUGACCCCACUGGUUCAAGCCAACAUUGCAGCGACUUCUCAAUUGAUGGAAACGGAAGCUCGGCUGGCAGCAUUACGUGAACAAACACAAUCUCGUCUACUGGCUCUACGUGCGUUGGAACAACAGCAUCGAAGUAAGAUAUCUGAAACGGAAGCUGCGUUGCGAGACUUCAGUCCCCAAGCUCUAUACCAGAGGUUGAAUGCGAGCGUACAAGAGCAGGAGCUAUUACUGAGGGGCAUUGAAGAGAGUUGGCUGGAGGAAGAUGGCAUAGCCAGUGAGCGAGAAGUCACUGAAUUUGUCAGGCGGGCGAAAGAUGCUAGGAAGACUGCUUUCAUGAGGCGAGAGCGGAAGUCCAGAUGGGACGAUGGUAGGGUGGGUGGCUGGAGGUGACGAUAGCAGGAUUCGACAGGAUCGAUCCACCGUCUGGUCGACUACGACAUAAACGAUGAGACGAAGACAUGACCAAUGACGAUACAGUCACAAGCGCAAAGCAUGCUCCAUGAAUGAGUGCAGACAGCAAAUAUGCUACACUUUCCAAAAGAGCAAUGCGGCCCAUGAGGCUUACUUCGGUCAACACUUCGGCCGAUUGAAGUGGAUUCCGAUAGUGUCGACUAUGAGAGAGAUCAAACCUCUCUGAUAAUCUUGUCGCUUUUAUUCGCAAAGCCGAUAGAUGCACCAAGGGUUAAAGGUGCAUGCUAUUAAGGACUGCUGUUUACCAGCACACGACACUGGGUCGAGCAAGCCUGCUUGCAUCCGGUCCUGACCUUUUCAGCACGUUGCUCCAUGGCCGAGGAGGGAAGACGCGAGAUCAGCCCAACGUGAACGUCAGCUAUCGAAAGUCACUAUCGAUAGCUAUCACGAUUAGACGAGAUGCCAUACUUUCACCACCAAGCCCUACCGACACAAAAGACC